UCUGAAAAACAAGGAAAGAUAUGACAUGAGAGUAAGAGAAACUGUCCUGGAGGAAGGAGACCGUGUCCUGGUCAGGAACGUUGGAUUGAGGGGAAAACACAAGAUAGCGGAUCGUUGGAGCCAAACCGUUUAUAAAGUGUUGAAGCGCAUCAAUGAUUCUCCUGUCUAUGUCGUUGCCCCAGCCAACUCUGAUGGUCCCGAGAGGACGCUGCAUCGUGACUUGCUCUUGCCUUGUGGUUUCCUGGCGCCAUCCAUCGAAGUGGAAGUGACUCAGCACAAGCCAAAGAAAACAGCAGCCCAACCUACUCAAAGUCCAGCAUAUGAGGAAGGAGAGCUGUUGAGAGAUCUCUGUGAGAGUGAGGAAGAACAGGUAAUUGACUAUGUUGUCCCUGAUAUUACUUAUCCGUCAAUCACUAUCGUGCACGAAAUCCCUCAGACUAAAACAACCUCCUCAGUGAAUCCCGCACCAUCAGGCCUCCGACCUGAAGCCGAGGUGUUCCAGCCUGCUGCGUGUCCGCAACGAGGUCCUAGUGCGGAUGAAUCUACUGACUCCAGUGAAGAUGAGCUGAAAGAGAGUGAAUCGUCUGUUGAUGUAGGAGAAUUGAUUGCUGAUGUAGAAGGGGAGAAGGAAAAGACAAGCCUUGUAGAAGAGGAGAAUGGGUCAGAAACAGUGCCUGAAAUGGAAGAAAGAGUUGAGCAGGAAUCUGUGGGAAACGGAAACCCUGAUGAGUCAUCCGGACGUGAGUUUGAAGAUUCCAGAGUGAAUGAUGUCCAAGAGAGAGAAGACAUGGAAGACACAGGAAUGAGACGAUCAGUUAGACAGAGGGUAGAACCUAACCGACUGACGUACCAGACGUUAGGAAAUCCCUUGACCUUAGUUAUGCAAUCUUUAUUUAGGGGACUCGACCAAGCUUUUACUAAAGCUUUAGACUUAACUCCUGUGAUUACAUCCACUCCCUUGGAUGUAGGUCACUUAGCUACGGUUUGAUUUAGGAGUACAUGCAGAGGCGCAUGCACAUUCAGGUGGGGAGGAUGUAACCCACAUAAAUUGCACUGGGUAAUUGGGUGUAAAUACCAGUUUGCCCCUGUCCCUUAGAGGGCGCUGUGCCGCAUGUAGAUGAAGGCAGAGCAACUUAGAAGAAAACUUCAUGGCUGCAUCUUUCUUCUUUGCAGUAGUUGAUGAAGUUUCCACGAGGGAUAAAAAGCUAAAGAUUUAACAACAUUUUGACAUUUAACUAUUUAUUUUCGAAUUAAUCCUUUGUUUUAUUUAUUUAAGAAGAAGUUUUCGUUGAAUUACCACUCAAAUGUUUUAACCAUUUGAUCUCCGAUUGGUUUUUUUGUUGUGCAUCUUCUGCCACUAUUGAGAGAGAGAGAGAGAGAUACGGCGAGCCUGUGACCUUCCUAAGGGCUG